UCUUGUAACUUUGCACGCUAGAGAUGUUUAUAUUACGAAGUCGUGAAAACUUGAUGUUAAUUUAUGUAGUGUGAGGUAAUACCGCAGCAUAUGUAGAGAAAAAACAAAAAAUCUAUGAUAAAAGAAAAUUUUAUAAAAGAGAAGAACUUCAGAUGGCGUUACUGGAUGUUUGCUCGAGCGUACUCCAUUUCGACUGUACAAAGUCAGAAGUUGCAUAACCGAGUAAACUGAUCGGGCGUGUCGCUGUGGUGCAUUUUAGUUGAGCAAAAAUUAAAUGGCGGUUAUACUAGCGUGUGGAUGAGAUAUCGGUAACAGUCAGUGAAUCAUGAAAGAAACGCACAUUGUCAGGUGACAGCAAAUAAGUGGCCAAUUACUACAAGAUGAUUGGCCGACGCUGUACUCUUUUUGCUUUGAGUAUUCUCCUGAUCCUGAUUGUUGGCGUGAACGUAUACUUCAUACGGAUAAUAGUGGAGAACUCUUCUUCGCAGAAGAAGUUACCGGAAUUGAAAACUAAACAGGACACAUUGACAUCUUCAUGGACUAAUGAAAAAAAAUCAAAAUUGAAACGCAUGGUAGAUGACAUAGACAUCAAAAUUAAGGAAAACAUUCGUCUACUUCCUUCCAAGUAUUUUAAGCAGAACACCAGCUACGUCCUAGUUCUAGAACGACUAGUAGCCGAGCUGAAAGUAAUGUCAAUUAAUGUUCGUGAGGAUAUCUGGAAUCUCCCCAAUAACCAUUGGCCCAAUGCGCAUCAACUGAUUCCACCAGCAGCUCCGGAACUGGGAACUAUUUUGGAAGUUCUGCGAAAGUCCAGCGUGUUGCGCGCUGACAAUGCUCCAUCGGGCACGCAGCUGAAACUCAUGCUUCAUCUAGAGAAUGGUGUGAGAGCGUUAUUUAAGCCACAAUGGUACUCGAGAAAUACUAUUUUACGUGGACCAGUAUAUCAUGGCAAAGAUCGCCACAACGCCGAAGCGGUGGCUUUUCAUUUGUCAUCUUUGCUAGCGUUGCGGAGAGUGCCUCUUACUAUUAUACGAAAACUUGAUCUGAAAGAAGAAGUUCUUAAACACGCGACGCCGGCAUUAUACGCAACCAUGUAUCAAAAGAGUAACAACACAUGCCUGUACGGUGUUUGUCAUUACUGUUCGCCAGCCGAUCCUGUUUGCGGAACGGGAAACAUGCUGGAAGGUGCUCUUAUCUUAUGGCUUCCACGAUAUUUAAGACUGAUCAAGCAUCGUCACCCUUGGCAACGAACUUAUAAGGAAAACAAACUAGCCACGUGGGAAGUUGAUGAAAACUACUGUGAUAAGGUGAAAGAUUCCAAGGCCUAUUCGCCACAAUCAUCGAGCAGACUCUUGGACUUGAUUGACACAGCAAUUUUUGAUUUUCUCAUGGACAAUGGCGAUCGUCAUCAUUACGAACUCGCGCAAAAUAAUUUUCACAAUCCCGCGAUAUUGCUGAUUGACAACGGAAAAAGUCUGGGUAAUCCUGAUGUAGAUCAUCUCGACAUCCUCGCUCCUCUGUAUCAGUGCUGCAUGAUCCACAAAACUACAUGGGACAGAUUACGACUGUUCAGCGGAGGUUCCUUGAGUAUCGCCUUGAAUAGACUCGUUGCACACGAAGCCGCAAUAGCAGAUGUUCCUCCACUUAUCACAAAGGAGCACUUAAGUGCCAUGGAUAGAAGAUUGCUUAUUAUUUACGCCAUAGUAGAAAAUUGCUUGAAACAAAAGAAAUAUUCUUCCAAUGUAAUUGUAGAAUCCAGAAGAAUUAGGUUGGAAGAAUAUUUUUAAUUAAAACCACGAUACUAGGUCAUCGGUAAUUUUAGAAAAAUAUGUAGAAUUGUGGGCAAAGAAUGUAGAUGUAAGAGAAGGGUUUCUACAUAAGAAGUAAAUACAAUUUACACGAUUAAGUAAUUAAUUAGGUAAUGGCCUGGUUUGCACCGUUAGCUUAAUACGCAUAUUAAGUACUAUAUUAAAUCGGCCUGAUCUCAAUAAUGUAAACAAUGUCAUAUUAAGCUGGUACGAUACGCCUUCUUCACGUGUAUCGUAUCAAAAUGAUACGCGUAUCAAGCAUAUUUAAAAAAUGACGUAAACGCCAGAAUUAUACAUUGAAAAAUAUAUUUUAUAUGAUUCGCAUACCCGAAAACAAUGUACGGUGUAAACUAGUCAAUAAGAGUUUUUUAACCCUUAGGAGACCGGCAGCACCACUAUAGUGGUGCAAACAUUUAUCGACUAUCUUUGACUUAUGUAUACAUAUUGUUUAUAUAUGUAUAUAAUAU